AGGUGGAAAUGAGCAAAGUAAAUCUGGAAGUUAUAAAGCCUUGGAUAACAAAGCGUGUAACAGAAAUAUUAGGCUUCGAGGAUGAUGUGGUUAUAGACUUCAUUUUCAACCAGCUGGAAGUAAAGGCCUGAACCAAAUUGGAAGUUAUUCCUUGCGUGUGAAGUAUAGCACCAUCAACUAUUUAGGGCACAGCAGAGUGAGUGUCCAAUGUCGCUCUGACCCAACUCUUGAUGAUGCAGUGUGUGUUCUGGAGAUAAAUGAUAUAACAUUAAACUCAAGGUGGUUGAAUUGCUGUAGGCAGUCGGAAGCAAGCCAAGCGAACACCUUUCUCUCCAGGGGAACUUGGAGAUACCCAAAACCUGCCUAAGGUUCAGAGAAGAAGCUGAAGACUGCUGGAAUCUGUACUUUGUGCUGUUGCGCUAUGCUUGUCUCAAGGGCCUAUAUUUGCUUGACUAUGCAAAUAUGUCAAAUUUUCCAGUAUUGUUGAGAAACCUUUUAAGCCUUUGUGGACUAUACCUGUUCUCAACAUGUUACCCACCAGUAUAGUCUUAUGGACUGUAUACAUUGCAGGGGAAUACAUGAAAUCCUUCUAGCCUGCAAAGAUUAUAAACCCAGACUCAAAAAUGAUGCAGAUUAACCUGACUGGCUUUCUAAAUGGCAAAAAUGCUCGGGAAUUCAUGGGAGAGUUGUGGCCACUUCUUUUGAGUGCACAAGAAAAUAUAGCUGGCAUUCCUACUGCAUUUCUUGAAUUAAAGAAAGAAGAAAUAAAACAAAGACAGAUUGAACAGGAGAAAUUGGCCUCUUUGAAGAAGCAAGAUGAUGAGAAAGAUAGAAGAGAUAAAGAUGACAGAGAUAAAAGAGAUCGAUCUAGAAGUCCGCGAAGACGAAAAUCUAGGUCCUCUUCACCAAGGAGAAGGUCCUCUUCACCGCGGAGGAAAUCUCCAAGCAGAAGAGAGAGGAAAAGAAGCCACUCUCAUUCUCCACGGCACAAGACAAAAAGUCCUAGCCCUCCUCCAGUUUUUGAGACGAGAGAGCCAGAGGUACAGGAACCUGAACCAUCACUUAAUGUGAAGGAGCCAUCUGUGCAAGAGGCAACAUCAUCUAGUGACAUAGUCAAGAUCCCUAAACCUGAUUCUGCACCAGAUACCAAGGAUGCAUCACCAGAACCAAAUUUGCGCAAAAUUAAAGAGAAGGAAAGACACCGUCACAGGUCUCGUACGCGCUCAAAAUCAAAGUCCAAAUCUCGUUCACCUUCCCAUUCUAGGCCACGGAGACGACAUCGUUCAAGAUCCAGAUCCUACAGCCCGAGAAGGCGCCCUAGCCCCCGUCGUAGGCCAUCUCCUCGAAGGAGAAGUCCCCCUCGCCGAAUGCCUCCUCCACCUAGACACAAGAGAAGCAGAAGUCCUAUUAGGCGGAGGAGACGUUCUUCAGCAUCUUUGUCUGGAAGUAGUAGCUCAUCAUCCUCAUCCCGAUCACCUCAACCACCUCCAAAGAAGCAGCCUAAAAGAAUAUCCUCAAGCCCACCACGCAAACCUCGCCGCUCACCUCCUUCUGCCAGUCCUCCACGGAGACGAUACAGACAGUCUCCACCUCCAAGCCCACCACAGAAAAGGCGUUCUCCAUCACCACAGCAGUCAUCACGUUCAAGAAAAUCUAGAGUAUCUAUUUCACCUCCUCGUCCUUUAGUGUCAAAACACAAGCUUAUAGAGAAGCAGAAAACUCCAUCACCUUCCCCAAAGCCACGUAAAAGGGAAAUAUCAGAAUCUGAUGAUGAUAAGGGAGGAAAAAUGGGGACAUCCGAUUCAGUACAGCAACGUCGUCAGUAUAGGAGACAAAAUCAGCAGUCUUCCUCAGAUUCUGGGUCAUCUUCCUCUUCAGAAGAUGAAAGGCCAAAGCGCUCAGGAGUGAAAAAUGGGGAAGUUGAAAGAAGGCGAAGGCAUUCUACGUCAAGAAGUCCAUCCCCUUCACGGAAAAGACCCAAGGAUCCUUCUCCACAGAUGCAGAGUCUGAAAAGGUGGCAAUCGCCUCCUCUUAAAAGCCGAAGGAGGAGAAGCCCAUCUCCACCUCCACAGAGAAGGCGACGCAGCCCUUCUCCUGCCCCACCACCAAGGAGACGACGUUCUCCUUCUCCACAGAGGCGCAGGUCCCCUUCUCCUCACAGGCAGUCUCCCUCACAAAGACGGUACUCUCCACCAAUUCAAAGACGAUAUUCUCCUUCUCCACCUCCUAAGAGGAGGACUUCUUCACCACUUGCUCAGCAAUCCUCAAAACGCAGAGUAUCGCAGUCACCUCCUCCACCGAAACACAGAGUAUCACAUUCACCUCCACCAAAACAUAAAGGAUCUCCAGGAGGAAAAAGACGGUCUCCCUCUGUACCAUCUAAGCACAGAAAGGGAUCAUCCCCAAGCAGAUCUGGAAGGGAAGCACGUUCUCCUUUGCAGCCUAAACGUUUAUCACCAUCUCCACGCCCAAGAGCUGCACGUAACUCUGAGAGCCCUCCAGCACAUAGGAGGGGACCAUCGGCUUCUCCUCUUAGGAGGCAACAGUCCCCUUCUCCAAGUACACGACCUAUUCGACGAGUAUCCAGAACACCAGAACCAAAGAAACUGAAAAAGGAGUCCCUAAGUCCACCUCCUAGAAGACGCUCAUCAUCAUUCUCUGGAUCCCCUGAACCAGCUCCUAAAAUACAAGCUGUUUCACCAUCCCGGUCUCUAUCACGAUCACCCAACUGGUCUCCAGCUCCUGCCCCAGCUAAGAAAACGAAGAGCACCACACCAAGCCCGUCUCCUGCUCAGGUUUCAGAUCAGGAGGGAGGAGGAAAAAAGAAAAAGAAGAAAAAGGACAAGAAACAUAAAAAAGAGAAGAAGCACAAGAAACACAAAAAGCAUAAGAAAGAGAAGGCUGCAGCUGCUGCUUCUCCAGAGGUCACUGAGGCAGAUGUGGAUACUGAAGCCAAGAAGGAGACUGAAAGUGACGGUGAAGGAAAUCUAGACGAUUUGGAGAAGCAUUUACGAGAGAAGGCUCUGCGUUCCAUGAGAAAAGCGCAGGUUUCCCCUCAAUCCUAGUUCUGCUCACGUCUCAUUUGCAAAGUGUAAAUUGUAUUAUUAUUAUUUUUUUUUUUUUUGUAAUUUCCUCUCUUCAGAAGGCUUAAUGCAUUUGGAAGGUUAGACUAUUCGAAUUAUUAGGUUAGGGUUUACUACAUACACCUAAUCAUUUCAUACAGUGGUGGGAGAGGUUUAACUCCUGCACCCGAGGCAGUAGAAGUCAACUGGUCAUGCAACUGUGGAACAUUUUGUUAUACUUUCUCAAUCCUGUACUGUCAUUGUUGGCACUUGGAUUGGAUAAAAUGUUUUUCCUUCUGCUUUUAAUAUUUCCAUUGUCAUACCGUGAGUUUUCCAGAUUUAAUAAAUUGUACAGACUGUU